UCUGGCUCAAGAAGAGGGGUCUGAUGCCUGGCCUCACGUUCAGCAAUGAGCUGAUCAGUCGCGAUGAGGGCCUCCACUGCGACUUCGCGUGCCUACUGUUCCGCCAUAUCAUCAAUAAGCCAUACGAGGAACGGGUGCUUCAGAUCAUACGUGAGGCGGUGGCCAUCGAACAGGAGUUCCUGACGGACGCCCUUCCCGUCAAUCUGAUUGGCAUGAACUGUGAUCUCAUGAAACAGUACAUCGAGUACGUGGCCGACCGCCUACUCGUCGAGCUCGGCGUUCCGAAGUACUAUAAGUCUCAGAAUCCCUUCGACUUCAUGGAACAGAUCUCACUCGAAGGUAAGACCAACUUCUUCGAGAAACGCGUCGGUGAGUACCAGAAGUCGGGAGUCAUGAACACCGAUGAGGCCAACCAUAAGUUCAUAGUCGACGCCGAGUUCUGAUCGCCAAACCACUGACCACUUCCCACCACAACUCACUUCACCAUUACAUGCAGUCAUAAACUAAACACACCAUUCAUUUCGUGGUUUUUGAAAUGAUUUAAUUGUAUAAAAAUUUGUCUUCAAAUCAAAAAUAUGUGGUUUUGAUGUGAUUUUUAAGUUUUUAAAAUUUGUUUUAAUUCCCAGAUUUUUUCUGUUAAUUUAUUCCGUGCUUUAGUUUAAUGUUAUGAUUUUCAGUCGAC